GUCGGCAGGGACAGCCGGUUUCCAUCGAGUUUCCGUAGUGUAGUGGUUAUCACGUUCGCCUCACACGCGAAAGGUCCCCGGUUCGAAACCGGGCGGAAACAAGGCUGUGAAGCGACGCUGCUCAAGGUGGGUCCGGAGCCCGCGGCCCCGGAGGCGGACACACGCAUCGCGAGGGGGAGAACCGGGCUGUCCCCGGCUCUGCAAGGCGGCCCGACGCCCGCAGCCCCGGAAGCGCAUCCUCGCCUUGCCUUCCUGUUCCCGGCAGCGCCCAGCUCCGGGCGUCUCUUCGCUGGCCCACUGUCCGCGCCGGCCCUGCCCCAGCCGAGAGCACCUGCGCGGCAGGCCCGCAGCUGGCAGCCUCGCGCCCCUCACACGGCCGCGAGACUCGGAAAUCUUUCUAGGAGCAGUGAGGAAGACAGAAGAACCGCUUGGGCUGGUAAAGCCAUCUGCCAGGCACUACUGCCACCAUGCCCAAGAGAAAGGCAAAAGGAGAUGCUAAAGGUGACAAAGCAAAGGUGAAGGAAGAGCCACAGAGGAGAUCGGCACGGUUGUCUGCUAAACCUGCCCCUCCAAAACCAGAGCCCAGGGCAAAAAAGGCCCCUGCAAAGAAGGGAGAGAAGCUGGCCAAAGGGAGAAAGGGGAAAGCAGAAGGCAACAAAGAUGGGAACAACCCUGCAAAAAACCGAGAUGCCUCCACAGUCCAGUCACAGAAAGCAGAAGGCACCGGGGAUGCCAAGUGAAGUGUACUUUUUUGAUAGCUCUGUACUUCUAGUGACUCUACUGUUUGAAAUACUAUUUUUUUUAAAUCAAAUUUUGUAAAAACGUAGAUUUUUUUUUUUUAAGUUAUGUUGUUAGCACACAAGACGCUUUGUUGUUAUCUUUUGUGGAAAGGGCAAAAUAACCACUAGUAGAAUGUUUCAGAAGCUGGAUUGAAAUGGGGGAAAACAGAAUUUUCUAUCCUCAUAUUUGAAGAUUAUUCUUGGUUCCCAGGAGAGAUUCUCCGACAUUCACACAUGACAGCCACUAUGGCUCAGAAGCCUUACCGUGUGGGGAAGCAAAACUUCAUGUCUUCUCCUUUCCUGAUGCCAUCAACACAUCCUUGACUUCCUGAAACCAAGAGUCAUGAUGCAGCCUUGGCACCCCUAGAAUCAGCUGCGUCAGGUAACAAUACUCAGGAUUUCUGGUGAUGACAUCAAGAUGGUGUUGCUCAAAAGAGCCAGGAUUCCUGUUUGUAGUUUGUGGAUCAUCUCAUUAAUAAUCCUGGAGUUUUUAGUUCCUUUCCUCCAUGUCAGAGGUGACCUGUGAAAAGCUCUUAUAUGCCUCAUGUGAAAUAUUCACCCUUUCUGAAAAGUUUUCCUGUUCAUUGCAGCAACAGACUUUGUUGACUUUUUGGAGAGGAGAGUUUGAAAGUUGUAAGAUGUUAUGGAUUGUCACCCAUGUCCUGCUGGAAGUAACUAUUUUUGAAAAGUAUCUUAUAAAGCUGGAUACAAGUUGGCUUCAUGGGAGGGGAGGGAUCAUUUCCUGCUCCAAGUCAUAAAGAUAUCCUUUACUGCCUUGUAAAAGUUUUAUAGUUUUGCUUUUCACAUUUGUCUUUAGUCUUCCCUGAACUGAUUUUUGCAAAAAUAUGAGAUAGUAAUUCAAAAUAAUAUUUUUUCCAUAUGGUAAGUGGUUGUCUCAACCACUUGGUUGUCCCAACUUUUCUGAAAAGUUCAUCCUUUCCCCACUGAUCUGUAAUACUGGCUCUUUUCAUAAAUCAAGUUUCUUUUGCGGAGGGGUCUGUUGAUGGUUUCGAUUCUGACUCACUGGUCAAUUUGUCUAACCUUGUGGCAAUACUAUACUAUCUUGAGUACUACAACUUUAGAAAAAGGUCUUGAUAUCUCAGGACAAAUACCACCUCCACCUUUAACAUCACCACCAAACUUUUCUUCGUUGGAGUGUCUUGGCUAUAUUCUUAGCCAACUGCUUUUCCAUACAACUUCUAGAAUUAGAUUGACAAGUUCCAAAUCAAACUAACAAAAGGUGGAAUUUUUAUUGGAUUUGUAUUGUAUUUAUAGAUUAAUUAUAAUAUUGAGUCUUCCAAUCCAUGAACAUGGUGUAAUUCUCCAUUUA